AUGGAAGUAGAGGUGUGCCUGGCCGUCGUCCUACCGGCCACCCCGCUCGCAAAUUCUCAGAUCGUGCUCGUCGACCAGCAGCCCUCCACCAGCCAGCAGUACUACGAAAAACCCGCGCUAUGUCUCCCGAAAAUGAACGUGAAUGUGGGUGAGGGAUGCGUGACGGAUGCGGUGUGUAGAAGGCUCAAAAAGUACCGUAUCCGGCGUGCCAUCGAGAUCCCUUUGUGGCGGCACGAGCGUGACGAGAAGGGGCUUCAGCGCAGCCGAGCGAUUCGGUUGACAUCAUUGAUCUGUUUGCCCGUUGCGAAAUAUGAUGAAAUCGAGAUAUUUGGAGGCCGCAUGGAGCGUUUGGGCCCGCUGGUCGAACUUUGUAAGCAGAACAGCCCGCGGAUAGAACGCGAAACGGCACUUCAACUUAGGAGAAUUGACGAAUGGAUAUCUGGCUUAACGAUUCCUGCACUCCUGCUGGCUCGGCCUGCCGAGGAGCGCAUCUCCCUCUGCGCGCACAACCCGUCGAUUGGCCCGCCGGAUACGUGGAAUUGCUUGCACAAGCCUGGCGGACAACAAAAGGGACACCCAGCAACGAGCGAUAUUGAUCAACAAGUUGUCCGUGGGAACAGCGCUCGGCUACGGAUGGUGAAGUACGACAAAUACGACUCGUUCGUCAUGAAUCCGCUCUUCGGAACCGGGCUCCAGCAACGGUUGCUACAGGAUGAGCUCUCCUACCGUCCUGUGGCCUCGUACGUACGCGAGGGACGAAAUUCCACAGCCUCUCAAUCGACCCCGUCCCCGCCGCGAAGCGCUGAGGAUUGGGCUUCUCGAUACCCGCUACACCGGGCGGCAUACCAAGGCGAUGCCCAAUUGAUACGGAACCUGAUGGCCCGGGGUCAAGACCCGAACGAGGUGGAUCGAGACUCGUGGACCCCGCUCCACUAUGCCGCUUUUUACGGGAAACUGGAUGCGAUUCGAGCACUCGUUCAGGGAGCAGAUAUUAACGUGAACGCCCAGAAUAAGGGUGGCGCGACGGCGUUGCACUUGGCUGCUCUGAACGCACACGCGUAUGCCGUCGAGCUGAUGCUCAGCCAUCCGGGAAUUGAUCUCAAUAUCACAAACAAGAACGGUGACCGGGCUGCCGAUCUGUGUCGCCAGGUUCACCGUAAGGAAUGGCAAGAGGUGGCCAAAUUACUCGGCAGAGGAGAACGCCCUAAGAAGCAAAAGGUCGACUUUCUCGAUAUGUCAAAUUUGAUGAUCGAACUGGUAAAGGGCAGCGAGACAACGGCCGAAGAUCUUCUCGACGCCGUGUUCAAAGAAUAUGGGUUCGAUGAAUCGUGUCGACCGGUGUUUGCCCUCUGGCUGGUCUCCGACGAGCUUUCCCUUCAACUCAAGAAAGAGCACAAGGUUCUGCACCAUAUGGCUCCAAAGAAAUGGGCAAAUUCUGUGGAGCGCUGGGGAACGCCGCUGGAAGGGAGAGACGCGCGAAAGCCCAGCAAACCGCGGCUCGUCUUCCGUCAUAAUGCUCAUUGCCCAUUAGCCGAGGAGAAAAAGGCAGGAUUCAACGACAAGGCCCUAUAUUUGCUGUACGAGGAGGCGCGCGGGCUUUUCCUGCGCGGCUUCUACCCAUGCGAUGCUCAGGAUGCCAUCACCCUGGCCGCCAUCUCGUUGGCGAUCAUCUACGGUCCAAAACAUACUGUCAGCGCGCCUAACCUGAAGGUAGUGAUGCCGCCGCACUUGGCCAAUAAGGAACCCAAACGCACGUUGAUGAACAUUGCCAAGGAAUACGAAACGCUGCAAAAUCAGAACCUUCUGUCCCUGCAGCUGACGUUCCUCCACACCUGCUGGGGUUUCGGCGCCUACGGAGCUCACUUUUUUGAUGCCCAGCUGUACCUUACCAAGGUUGGAAUUUAUGCCUUUUUCCCGGUCCUGGCUCAU